CCGAUACCUUAUGCACGUAAUUAAUAUUGGAGAUUGGCAGUAAUUUGACAUACCAGACAGAUCACUUCGGUGUCUGAAUGGGUACAUUGCUCAAAUAUUCUAGUUACCGUGCCGUGACCCGAGUAGCUCGAGUAAUUGCUUUUUGCUGUUUUUAAACCCGGCAAUUGGGUACCUGCCACAACAAACGUGCUGGCGGGCUGUAAGUCGCCGCACCUUAGGAAGGAGCGCCCUGAGUAAUGAUCUCAUUGGGUCUCGCUUGUAACUCUAUGACCUAACCUUCCUGUAGCUCCUUCUCGAAUAUCGAAAUGUGAUAUGCGAUAUCGCUUAGCUGGAGAGCGAUCAAAGCUUUCCAUUCAACAUGUGCCUUUCGUACGUGGGUGUGACUCACAUCGUAUAAAGUGCCUUGACUCUUCCCUUUAUCACAAACUGUAUCUAGAUCUGUAGACUAAAAGAUUCCAGAACCAACGCUUCUACUAUUUGAACAGACCAAAAAAGAAACUUCAAACCAUCAAGUUACCGUUCUAUCUCUAAACCUCUAAACACACAAGCUAUUCACUACGAAAACCAGCUUCAUUACUACCACCAACAUUACCAAGGAAUACCCUACCAACCUAUCAACCUACCAAACCUAACCGCAAACAUGGGUGCCGUAGUAUCUUGCGUUGAGUCCGUCUUCCGAACGAUCGGUAGCGUGAUCAUGGCCAUCAUCGCCGGCGUCGGCAACAUCCUGCAAGCUAUCAUCAGCGGCAUCGUUACCUUCUUCGGCAUCAUUGUCUCCUUCCUGACCUGCGGCUACUGCAGCAGACGCCACAGCACCACGACGGGCGGUGGCAUGGGUUCGUCCACCGGGACGCGGCGCGGUUGGGGAAGACGUCGCCACGGUGUCACCACCACGAGCCGCAUCUAGUGAACGGGGGAGAUGCGGAAAGACGGGUGGAGUUGAGAUGGAAAUGAGGGAUGAGAUGAUACCUGGAAUGCGGUAGACCGGCGCGAUGAGUUAAGACGAGAAGAGAUGGAACUUACCAGAGUCUUCACGAAUGAAUAUUACGAUACCCCUUCCCUUUUCUUAAAAACGCUGUACAUGAAUACUUUCUGCUCUUGUUUACGCUGCGAGAAGAAAUGCGAUGGAUAAUCCAUAGCACCUAGAAAGAAGAAUAACGGUCAACUUAUUCUUAAUCACAUUAAU